AUGGCUUUGGAUUAUUUAGCCUACAAUUUGUUUGAUAAUGAGCCAGUUGAUAGUACUCCUUCAGUCAACCGGCGUGAUCUUCGUGAUUCGGAUAAUCCUUUUGAGUUGGCAGCGACAGAAUUUAAAAAACUCUACCGUUUAAGUCCGGAAAUGGCUGAAGAAAUUAUUUUCCAACUUGAUGAUAUUUUAAAAGGUUCUAGGAUCACUGGAAUAUCGUCUGAAAAACAGGUGCUAGCGACUUUACGUUUCUAUGCAACUGAAUGUUACCAACGGCCUGUAGGAGAGCAAUGGGGUAUAUCUAUGAGCCAGUCGUCAGUAAGCCGUUGUAUACAUAGAGUAACUGAUGCAAUUAACAAUACGAUGUUCCCAAUGACUCGGGAAGAACGUCAAACUGCAAAAGCAAUUUUUGCAUCAGCUUCUUCACCUUUUGUUGCGGGUACAAUCGGUGCAAUUGAUUGCACACAUGUAGCAAUAUUAACCCAAAAAAGUCAUGAAGAAGCUUACGUCAAUCACCAUAGCUACCACUCAAUUAAUGUUCAAAAGAUAUGUGAUCCAAAUUUGAAGAUUUUAAAUGUUAAUGCUAAAUACCCAGGAGCACGGCAUGAUUCUUACAUAUGGAGCUCCUCUGCUGUUCGAAGAGUCAUACAGCGAAGUUUCGAAAAUGGAAACCACAAUAUGUUUUUAAUUGGAGAUUAUGGAUACCCUUUGGAGCCAUGGUUAAUGACUCCUCUACCAAACCAAUUAGAAGGAAGUUCUAAAUUUCGUUAUAAUGAGGCUUUGUGUAAGACUCGUAAUCCUGUUGAACGACUGUUUGGCGUCCUAAAAGGAACUUGGCGAUGCUUAUAUAAGCAAAGAAUCCGUUUAUAUGAUCCAGGCUUUGCCGGAAAAGUUGUUAACGUCUGCGCAACGUUACAUAAUAUAAAUUUACAUAACCAAAGCUAUGAAACAGAGUUUGAGACUUCAGUAACUCAUACAAGUCGCGAUUUGGUAGAUCAAAAUCUACCAUCCUCAAUAGCGAAACGUGUCCAAGACCGCUUAAUUGCAAAUUAUUUUACAUAGGCAAUAUUAAUAUACAUACGUACAUAUUAUGUAUAUGUAUUGUUUUUAUACCCUACACCACCAUAGUGCGGAGGGUAUAUUGGGUUUUUGCAGAUGUUUGUAAUGUGUAAAAAUAUUGUCCCAAC